UCAUACGAUAUCGCCCUGCAGAGGGCCACUGCGCCGAGUACUGGCAGCAUUGACGAACAGGCCGAUUACGCUGCUGCGCUGUCCAUUCCACAUAGUUACCAUGCACACAUACACACACGCAAAAACGGCCAUAUGCUCCCCCCACGCCGCGUCAAUUUGUCCCAGCCGCCGCGGCUGUCUGUCAGCUAUCUGGCUGAGUCCCGUCCGUGAGUGCGUUAACUGUGUGAGGUAUAUAAGGUGUGUACAUCCAUCGACCGCCGUGUGGUGCAUGUCCCUGCUCGCGUGCUGUCGCGUCCACUGUGCACACACACUUUUACUGGGGGCUCUGCGAGGGCCUUGCGGUGAACGAUGAACAGCGCCAUAUGGCCGCUGUUGGCUUGGAGCAGCCUGGCCACACGACAACCAACAGACAUUUAUCACAUACAAAUCAUGGCGUAUCUCUCGUUGUGUGUUUGGUUGCUUACUUACUUGGCCAGCCACAUGGCAGCCACGUGCGUCUUCCCUCCGCCCGUGGGGACACACAGCACCAGGUUGCCGCCCAGCGCCUUUCGAUAGGCAUCCUCCUCUGAACCACACACGCACACACAUACACACACACACACACAGGCACACAUGAAAAGCCAUCUGUGUGUGUCACACAUGCUGUGUGUGUGUCAUUUCUUGCGGUAUGGGCAUGGCAUCUUGUUGACGAGUUGCUCUUCGUCUGCGGUAGGAGCGGGGCGGAGAGGCACGGGCAGGUCCAGCGACCCUAUCGUCAGGGAGGGCACCGAGAGCUUUCGGCGGUCGAAGUCGUCCCUUCUGCGCAGCUGCAGCACCGACACAGCCCUGAAUGACAAUGGAACGACAAUUCCAUGGGUGAGAUGCGACAUGAUACGCUGGUGCUCACUCACUUGUGGAAGGCCUCAUCGCCCUUGGAGCCAUUGAUGACAACGCUCUUCCACGGAAAAUACAGAACGUCGUCAUCAUCCACAUAGGAGUGAUAGGCAGCCUCCCAACCAGCCUGAUAGAUAUACCAGCACAGCACGUACACCACACAGAGCACAGCACGCAGGACACGUCACGCAUAAAGCCGCACACACAGAUAUAUCGCUUGCUCCAGGUGUUUGCUUGCUACAUACCUGCCACUUGCACACGGGACACUUGAUGCCGCACUUAUUGAGUGGGUUUCCCCCGGUGUUCCGUUUGCCAAAGAUGAGCACCACCGCCACUUCCGUCUUGCACUCCGGCCGGACGAUGAGCAGCAGGUCCGCCUUCCGCACCGCCGCAUUGCCGUCAGCCGCCUCCUUCGUCUGCACACAGGGGCAAAGGAUGUCCUGAUUGAUGUGCUGGCUUGCUGAGAGAGGUCUGUCGGCUGACCUGAUACAUGCAGAGGUGUGAGGCGGUGACAGGCAGGGGGCUCGAGCAUCCACCACAACUCACAACGAGACCUCUUCACUACUCAUGAUCUUUGCUUUCUGAUGGGAGAUCUUGCUGCAACUGCCCUAUUCCUCUGAGACCACAGCUAUUCCUGCAGCAAAUAGAG